AUGCGUCAAUCACUUUCUACUUCUUUGAAGUCCUUAUUCUUCGUCAAAGCUGUUUUAGUCAUGACUUUCGUCUUAAUUGCGCUUCACUCGUUGUAUCUCUAUUCCGAGCUAAGCACAACAACACGCAUCAACUACAUCUCACCACCUACUUCACGAGCGCCUAGAGGUGGGCGAUGCCUCCCGCAGUACUCUUCAGGUUUUCUUCAGAAGUUAGACUCCCUUAAGUCUUCUUGUCAACUACCAUCCAUACAACCUCAAUGGCGCGUAACCACCGUAACAGCCCACUUCGGCAAACUUGAGAAGCAUUACCAAAAUGCACUACAGACGCACAUCCUGCAUACUAUGCUUCAUUCUACGAAACUUGAGGUUAUGUGCGCGCCAGUAAUCGAUAACCUCUGGAAUAAGCCUGCAUUUAUUCUAUCCCUCCUUCUAGAUGAAAUGCUUAAGAGACCAGAGGAAAGAACAGACUGGAUCUUCUGGGUUGACCGCGAUACUCUUAUCCUCGACGAAUGCCGACCCGCAUCCAGCUUUUUGCCGCCUGUUACCGUCGAUACUCAAAGCGAAGCUUCGAAACCAGUACAACUUCUAGUAACAAAUGACUGGAACGGACUGAAUAACGGUAUCUUUCUACUUCGGGUUGGUCAUUGGGCUAUCGAGCUUUUUAGUGCGAUAGUCGCCUUUCGAUACUAUAGGCCUGACGUAGAUCUUCCGUUUACUGAGCAAAGUGCUAUGGAGAUCUUGAUGAAAGAGCCGAAAUUUAGAGAUGCUGUGCAAGUUGUUCCACAACAUUGGUUUAAUACCUAUCCUGGCAGCAACGCAACCACAUUUCUUUCUAGAGAGAACGAAAAAGGUCUAUCCGAUUACCAAGCUCGACGAGGGGAUUUUCUGAUUCAUUUUGCGGGAAUACCAGGGAAGGAUAAAAGCAUAGAUGACUGGGUAGAUAUGCUUAGUGGAAUGCCAGAUGUGUGGAAUGCAGACAAAGUACAAAGAAACGUAACUGCAGAUAUCGAAGCGUUCUGGGCGAAACUGAUUCCUGCGGAAAUUCAUCCUCAACGGAUAUAG